GAGCCACAAAGAAAGAUGAGGCGGAGAGGGGCUGAAAGCCACCUCUUCUCAACUCCGGCCAGAACCCCAAAACCAGGAACGAGAUAGCUACCUCAGCUUUCAUUCCCAUUCCCAUGGCUUCCACAACAGCUCCGCAGUCCUUUUUCUCUAUCUUACAGAGAUGCCGGAGAACCGAACUGCGGCAGUCCCCGGCGGUAGAGAGGAGAAGAAGACCGUACGGGUGCCGGCGGGAGGUAAGGAUAUUUGCAACAACGCAAGGACCAAAACCGCCGCCGCGGCAAACAGCCCCUCCCGGAGUUGACACCAGAAUCCACUGGGAGAACGAAGAUGAAGGCUGGAUAGGAGGAAGCAGCAGCUCAAGCUCAACGCAAGAACAACAACUAAAAGCCGAUGAAAAUGAGCUUCUCGGAGAUAAAUUCUCAGAAUUACUCAACAGUUCAACAGAUUCUCACUACCAGUUCUUGGGAGUGGGUGCAGAUGCGGACGUGGAAGAGAUCAAAACCGCGUACCGGAGACUAUCAAAGGAGUAUCAUCCAGACACAACUUCCCUUCCUUUAAAAGCUGCAUCUGAGAAAUUCAUGAAGCUAAAAGAAGUGUAUGAAGUUCUUAGCAACGACGAAAAACGCAGGUUUUAUGACUGGACGCUUGCCCAGGAAGCAGCCAGCAAAGAAGCAGAGAAACUGAGGAUGAAGUUUCAAGAUCCCCACAUGCAAGAAGUGGAAAACUGGGAAUCAGUUCCAGACAUGGUGGAUAGACUGGGUGGGAAGAACAUGGAGCUCAGUUCUCAGGCCAAAUCCGCCCUCACUUUCGAUAUCUUGAUCAUUCUUUUCUCGGUCUGUUGCAUUGUAUAUGCCAUUUACUUCAAAGAACAAUAUUAAAACCAUAUUGUACAAAAACAGAGCUUUUAAAUUUGCAUUCAUGCAUGUAA